AUGUGGGAUCAUUCAUCAGCCAAGCGAACCGUCAUGAAGCCAUCGGUCAUCCUCAAGAUCGGACCCUACGUUCAUUCACCACGUAUCAUUCAUUCACUACGCACAAAAACCUAUUCCGAGCUUGUUCGGUCGAUAGUUACCGGCGAGCGUCUGAACGAGUCGAAUGCAAUCUCGGGAAUCGAUCAUCGUUUUUUCAAAGCUCCCGCCGAAACCCCGUUUCAAAACGGUUGUUUAGUCGAAUUCCUGAACGGAGUGUUGCAAAGGAAAAUGUCAGUUAAAAAUUCGAAUGAUUCGCUGACGAAGCCCUUACCCGAGGAACACCGACGGACUGAGGCGAGGAAUCAGCCGAGUGAACAACGGCAAUGA